UAUCAUAGUGGUACAAUAUCAUUUAAAGCCAUAUUAGUUGGUUUACAAUGGGAAGAUGUGCUCAAAUACGUCUUGAAAAAUUCAGUACAUUUUUUCCAGAAUGCCAUGCCCAAAUGCCACCGGAGACCAUACUGCCAAGUGGUUGGAGGAUUUUAACAUUCCAUUUUCUGUUUUUGAAUGGUGUGAGCGUACCCUAACAACAGAAUGGUAUCAGCACAUCCUGAUCAGAGGUCUGUCAUGAAUUCCCCCGAGGAGAGGCACAUUGUAGGACCCCUUGUACACAGUUCAUUUGAAAGGAUAAUUUGACUCACCUGUGUUUAUUGUCAUCGUCAACCAACAUUGUUAAUAAACAUUACAUGACAUUCUUAAUUGAGAUUACAUUAGGCUGCUACCACUCCUGCAGUGCUAGCCACAGUAUCCUUUUCAGAUCUUAAGACGUUAAGACUAUUUUCAGAGCAGAUCAGAAUCCCACUUGUGAUUGGUGGAUUAUGUUUGUCUCCUAACAUUGCUUUAUUAAACUUGGAAUAUACUUCAUGCUCGGGAGGAAGAAAUUCCCCAACUAUCCACAUGCAUGCUAUGUAUCUCUGGUUUUCAAUGCUCACAACUCUCAAAUCAACCACACACUUCUAACACAUCAUGUUUCUGUUCUAUUAAUUGAUAGUGGUAUCUACCCUGUAUAUAAUCUGAACGUUUCAGAACUCUAUGACCUCAAUGUUAAAAUAGGGACUUUUUUUCUCCAUUUCCUGCUUUCAGUUUAGUUGUGUUUUACUUGAGAAAGGAUGCAAGCUGGGUUACACCAGUCUCAGCAGUUGUUUUCUGUUUAGCUUAAAAGUAAUCUACCAUUAGGCUGCAAGUGUUGUAAAGGGUGUUGUUUUUUAAAAGUCCAGUGUACAAGGGGUCAAAAUGAGUCUCUCUGGGGAGAAUGAGGCUGGCCGUCCCUCUAGUAUCUGUGAAGAGACUGAAGAGGAAGCCACUGCUUCUAGAAUGAGUCCCUCAGGGAGUGAGGGAGAAAUGUCCCUUAAAAGGAGUUUUCCUACAGAACAGGACACUGACAGGGAACAUAAGAGGAUCAAGACAGACAGACCAGUCUCGCCUGCACCUAGUGGUGUCUCCAUGAAGAGUGACCGGUCGAUGGGACUUCCUAUUCUCUUCAGUGAUGGAGAAUUAUCCGCUGGGAAAAGUAUCUCUGAGGAGAAUGACCAGUCAAUGGAUUACCAACCCAGAGUCCCUACUGAUGACAGAGUGUACAACACUGUUUCCACUAAGACAGAAAUCCAGGUGAAAAUGAAAUCCUACUUGAAGAAUAGGGCAGAUUCUUUAUUUGAAGGCUUUGAGGAUCAAGCCAAAAAAACACCUCUUAACAACAUCUACACAGAGCUCUACAUCACACAAGGUGGAAGUGGAGAGGUCAAUUAUGAACAUGAGGUAAGACAGAUUGAGACAGCAUGCAGGUUUCCAGUAGAACAAGAGACAUCAAUCCAACUCAAUGACAUCUUCAAACCCUUACCUGGACAAGACAAGCUUAUCAGAACAGUGCUGACAAGGGGAGUUGCUGGCAUUGGAAAAACAGUGUCUGUGCUGAAGUUCAUGUUGGACUGGGCUGAAGGAAAAGCAAAUCAAGACAUCCAGAUCAUCUUUCCACUUCCUUUUCGGGAUCUGAACUUGAUGAGAGAUACAAAUCAAAGUCUGAUGGAACUACUACAUCACUCCUUUAUAGAAACAAAAGUAUCAGAAAUCUCAGAAAACAAAAAUAUUGUGUUUGUUUUUGAUGGUCUGGAUGAAUGUCGCCUUCCUCUGGACUUCCAGAAUAAUAAGAUCUGCUGUGAUGUCACAGAGUCAACUUCAGUGGAUGUUCUGCUGACAAACCUCAUCGAAGGGAAUCUGCUUCCCUCUGCUCACAUUUGGAUAACCACCCGACCUGCAGCAGCCAAUCAGAUCCCUCCUGAGUGUGUUGACCAGGUGACAGAGGUACGAGGGUUCAAUGACCUACAGAAGGAGGAAUACUUCAGGAAGAGAAUCUCUGAGGAGGACUUGGCCAGCAGAAUCAUCUCACACAUAAAGACGUCAAGGAGCCUCCACAUCAUGUGCCACAUUCCCGUCUUCUGUUGGAUUUCAGCCACUGUCCUAGAGAGACUAUUGGUUGAAGCAGAGAGUCAAGAGAUCCCCAAGAAUCUUACUCAAAUGUACGCUCACCUCAUGAUCUUCCAUUCAAAACAGAGGAGUCAGAAGUAUCCUGUAGAGCAUGCCAAUGAUUCUCACUGGGAUAAAGAGAUGAUUCUGGCACUGGGAAAGCUGGCUUUUCAACAGCUAGAAAAAGGCCAUCUGAUAUUCUAUGAGGAAGACCUGAGAGAGUGUGACAUUGACAUCAAGGACGCGUCUGUGUACUCUGGAGUGUGCACUCAGAUCUUCAGAGAAGAGUCUGGGCUUAACCAGAUGAAGGUGUACUGCUUUGUACAUCUGAGUAUCCAGGAGUUUCUGGCUGCACUAUAUGUGUUCCUCAUGUUCACUAACAACAACAACAAUCUGAUGGCUAAAGAGAGAUCCCUCCGCAACAAAAACAGUCUAUAUGAAGAUGCAGUGGACAAGGCCUUGCAGUUUGAAAAUGGCCAUCUGGACCUUUUCCUUCGCUUCCUUCUAGGCCUUUCACAUGAGUCCAAUCAGCAUCUCCUACAAGGCCUACUGACACCAACAGGAAGCAGAUCACAGAGCAACAAGGAAACAGUCAAGUACAUCAAGGAGAAGAUCAGGAAGAACCUCCCCCUGGAGAGGUGUAUCAAUCUGUUCCACUGUCUGAAUGAACUGAAUGAUCAUUCUCUAGUGGAGGAUAUCCAAAGCUACCUGAGAUCAGGAAGUCUCUCAAAAUCUAAACUCUCAUCUGGACAGUGGUCAGCUCUGGUCUUCAUGUUGCUGACCUCCGAGAAGCUGGGUGUGUUUGACCUGAAGAAAUACAUCAGAUCAGAUGCUGCUCUUCUCAAACUUCUCCCAGUUGUCAGAUCCUCUAGAACAGCCCAGCUGAACGAAUGUAAACUCACCAAGAAAAGCUUUGAGGCACUGGCUUCUGUUCUCAAAUCAAACUCAUGCUGUCUGAGAGUGCUGGACAUGAGUGGAAAUAAUCUCCAGGAUUCAGGAGUGAAGCUGCUCUCUGCUGGACUGGAGGAUCCACACUGUAAACUGGAGACAUUGAAGUUGAAUGAUUGCAACCUAACUGAGAAAUCCUGUGAGGUGCUGGCUUCAACUCUCAGCUCAAACACCUCAAGUUUGAGAGAGCUAGACCUGGGAGGAAAUGAACUCCAGGAUUCAGGAGUGAGAUUCAUCUGUGCUGGACUUGAGAAUCCACAAUGUAAAUUGGAGACACUGAGACUGGCAGGCUGCAGCAUCACAGAGGAAGGCUGUGCUUCUCUGGCUUCAGCUCUGAGGUCAAACCCCUCCCACCUGAAGGAGCUGGACCUGAGUGGAAAUACUCCAGGAGACUGCUCUCUUCUGUACAAGAGGAUCCCCUCUAUACACUGGAUACACUGAGGUUAAAUGAUUGACAGCUCACUGAGAUGCUAAGAAGCACUGGACUCCACUCCAAGUCCUGAUUGAACUGUAAAUAGAUGUAAAUGUGGUUUGAUGUGUUUUCUGUUUCUGUUGCGUGUCAGCGGAGUGUGUGUUCUGUUAGCUUAGUAAAAAGUAGGGCUGCGCGAUAUGGCCAAAAUAUUAUCACGGUAUUAAAAAUAAUAAUAAUAAUGACUGUAUGAGACAGUAUUUUAUGUUUUUAAAUAAUUAUGCUUUAUGAGUAGUGUGUGACAACAUAUAUUCUAGGUGAUUUCAAUGGGUCUUUCUCCAUUAUGAUUUUUUUUAUACUGUUCAAUUCAACUUCAACCCUAAAAAAGUCAUAAUUUUCAUCAAUUUCUGCAUUUGAGAUCAUUUCCACAGUCAUUGUGACAGGGUAGGAACUAAUGUGUUGAUGGGUGUUUCCUAGGGGACCCUAUAAUCUUUACUUCAUGUAGCUAACAUAUUCUUGCUUUGUGUUUACCUCUUUAAUUUAGAAGACUGUUGUGCAAACAACAUGCUAAUUUAGGUCUACACUAUCACUGGUAUUAUCAGGAUGUAUAGCUAAUUACGCUUGCUCUUACUCAGUACAUUUAUUAGCUAGCUAGCGAUUAGCGUCUAACUAUCUGUUUGCAUAUGUAAGAAACACAAGCUAAUUGUGUAAUUAUAGAACGCUAGUAGAUUAAUAUUAAGAAGCAAAGUGACAACUGCAUCGUUGUCAUCAACAGUUGUGCAUUGAUGUAUGUUGCAUUGACCAUGCAGAAUGAACUCAAGUGUCUCGUGGUUGAGGAACAUCAAAUGCUCUCCUUGAGUGACAGGGGGCGUGGCUAGGUCGGUGUGGAAAGCGACAUAGGGCGAGUGGAGAGAGAUGACUCCAGUAGAGAAGUAAACUAUAAAAAUGGACGUUACACACUGCGUAUCACAUUUAACAAACCAAACAUUCAAAUACCGGUAUAGAAGGUAAAGUAAAAACCAAACUGGUCCAUGCAUCAAUACUGGUAUAUCGCAAAAAACGGUAUACAGCCCAGCCCUAGUAAAAAGCCCUCCUUUUAUAAUGACAUCAUGUCUAUACAUAUUGACUGUAGUUCAGUGUCUCUACUAGUGUCACUAUAGUAAACUUCUUAAUCUCAACAACCUUAUUGUAUUACUAGUAACGCUACAUUUUACCAGACUGAUAUCUUUAUAUCCCAGAGUAUUAGAAGUCUCUGGAUUGUCUUGAUUAUGUGUUGUACACUGCUUUGAGGAUUUUAUUUAUUUAUUGUAGCAUCUUGAGUUUUUGAAAAGCGUGUUACAAAUCAAAUGUAUUUUUUAUUAUCGUAAUGUAGAAUUACUUACAUUGCAUGUACCCCUGUGUUAAUCUCAGUAUAAUCUAUCAGUGUAUGUAACCCUGUGUUAAUCUAUGAUAAACUGUAUUAUAUAUUCAAAAUGAAUAAUAAAACUGAAUAAU